GUUAUAGUUGUUCUAUUUUAUUAUUAGUUAUUGCUAUUACUCAAUUAUGGUGGCCGGGUGCGGUAGCUCACGCCUGUAAUCCCAGCACUUUGGGAGACUGAGAUGGGUGGAUCACUUGAGGUCAGGAGUUCAAGACCAGCCUGGCCAACAUGGUGAAACCCUGUCUCUAGUAAAAAUACAAAAAUUAGCCAGGCGUGGUGGUGGGCACCUGUAAUCCCAGCUACUUGGGAGACUCCCAGGAGGUGGAGGUUGCAGUGAGCCAAGAUCACACCACUGCACUCCAGCCUGGGCAACAGAGUGAGACCCUGUCUCAAACAAACAAACAAACAGAAAAGUGAAAAUCUCUUAUGGUGCCUAAUUUAUAAAUUAAACUUAAUCAUAGGUGUGUAUGUAUAAGAAAAAACAUAGUAUAUAUGGGGUUCCGUCAGACAUCUACUGAGGAUCAUAGAGUGUAUCUCCCCCCUGUGGAUAAGAGGGAGCUACCAUAAUAAGAGCUAACUCGGCUGCGCGCGGUGGCUCACGCCUGUGAUCCCAGCACUUUGGGAGGCUGAGGCGGGCGGAUCACGAAGUCAGGAGAUGGAGACCAUCCUGGCCAACAUGGUGAAAUUCCGUCUCUACUAAAAAUACAAAACUUAGCUGGGUGUGACUAUGCGCCUGUAGUCCUAGCUACUCGGGAGGGAGGCAGAGGCAGGAGAAUCACUUGAAUCUGGGUGGCGUAGGUUGCCGUGAGCCAAGAUGGCGCCACUGCACUCACUCCAGCCUGGGUGACAGGGCGAGACUCCGUCUCAAAAAACAAAACAAAACAAAACAAAAGAGCUAACUCAUGUUAAGCAAGUAUUCUAUUAACUUUUGGGGUGGGUUUUCUUAUUCUUCAGGACAACCACAUGUUGGAGCUGAUACUCCUAUUACUAUUUUAGUGAUGAGAAAACUGAGCCAUAUUAGUAACUGCCUGAUCAUUUUCUCCUAUGUUCUCUACCUCCCGUGUCUUGACCAACCUCAGAUUUAUACUUCCACCAUUACAGAAGCUCUGGAUUGGGUGAUGUGGACUCUUUCUUAGGCUCAGAACGUGGGAAUGGAGUGAGGAGAAUCUGUUCAAGAGAAGACUGUGCAACCCAAUUUGAGACCUAGAUCAACAUUCCCAAAAUGGGGGCCUGGUGGGAAAGCUUGUGUCUGAUUCUGCCUUCCUUAAGAAGUGCCACACCUCUGCAAUCAACUCUGUACAGCUUAGUUCACUGGGGCUUGAAUUCCACUGUUCUCCAAAUUUUGUUUGAGGGUGUUUGUAGCACAGUUUGGAAGCUGAAAUGAAUGGACAGGAAGGUUUAUUAAUGUAUGUCAUUGAGAACACUAAAGCCUCCUUUUCCUCUCUCUGGAUUUUCUAGCGUUUGAACUUCUCAGAUAGAGGAACCCCAGUGAAGACUGAUCAGUUCUUACAGUUCUCAAAGCAUGGCCCAUAAAUAUGUGGGUUUGCAGUAUCAGGGAUCAGUGACAUUUGAGGAUGUGGCCAUAGCCUUCUCCCAGCAGGAGUGGGAGAGUCUGGACUCUUCCCAGAGGGGCUUGUACAGAGAUGUGAUGUUGGAGAACUACAGGAACUUGGUGUCAAUGGCAGGACAUUCCCUUUCUAAACCACAUGUGAUCGCCUUAUUGGAACAAUGGAAAGAGCCUGAAGUGACAGUGAGGAAAGAUGGAAGAAGAUGGUGCACAGAUUUGCGGUUGGAAGAUGAUACAAUCGGCUGUAAAGAAAUGCCCACCUCUGAAAACUGUCCAUCUUUUGCUCUACAUCAGAAAAUAAGUAGACAGAAACCACGUGAAUGUCGGGAAUAUGGAAAGACUCUUUGUCAAGACUCAAAGCCUGUUCAACAUGAAAGAAUACGUAGUAGUGAAAAACCCAACAGAUGUAAAGAAUGUGGGAAGAACUUUAGUAAUGGACAUCAACUCACCAUACAUCAGAGAUCGCAUGUUGGUGAGAAACCCUAUAAAUGUGAGAAAUGUGGGAAGGCCUUUAUCAGUGGCUCAGCCUUUGUUAAGCAUGGGAGAAUUCACACUGGUGAGAAGCCACUCAAAUGUAAGCAAUGUGGAAAGACUAUUAGCAGUAGCUAUCAACUUACAGUACAUAAGAGUAUUCAAACUGGGAAGAAACCGUAUGAGCGCGGGGAAUGUGGGAAAGCUUUUCUAGUAUAUGGAAAGCUUACCCGGCAUCAGAAUACUCACACUGGUGAAAAACCCUUUGGGUGUGAGGAGUGUGGGAAGGCCUUCAGUACCUUUUCAUACCUGGUUCAACAUCAGCGAAUUCAUACCGGUGAAAAACCCUACGAAUGCAAAGAAUGUGGGAAGGCCUUUAGCACUAGCUCACCCCUUGCUAAGCAUCAGAGAAUUCAUACUGGCGAGAAACCCUAUGAAUGUAAGGAGUGUGGGAAGUCCUUCACUGUGUAUGGACAGCUUACUCGACAUCAGAGUAUUCAUACUGGUGAGAAACCUUUUGAAUGUAAGGAAUGUGGAAAGGCCUUUAGACUUAGUUCCUUCCUUCAUGCACAUCAGCGAAUUCACGCAGGGAUAAAGCCCUAUGGAUGCAAGGAAUGUGGGAAAACCUUCAGUCGUGCCUCAUAUCUUGUUCAACAUGGAAGACUUCACACUGGCGAGAAGCCCUAUGAAUGUAAGGAGUGUGGCAAGGCCUUUAGUACUGGCUCAUACCUUGUUCAGCAUCAGAGGAUCCAUACUGGGGAGAAACCCUAUGAAUGUAAGGAAUGUGGCAAAGCCUUUAUUAGUCGCCAUCAGCUUACCAUACAUCAAAGGGUUCAUACUGGAGAGAAACCCUAUGAGUGUAAGGAAUGUGGCAAGGCCUUCAGAGUGCACGUACAUCUCACACAGCAUCGGAAAAUUCACACUGAUGUAAAGCCCUAUGAAUGUAACGAAUGUGGAAAGACUUUUAGUCGCGUCUCGUACCUUGUACAACAUGGCAGAAUCCAUACUGGUAAGAAGCCCUAUGAGUGUAAGGAGUGUGGCAAGGCCUUCAGUUCUGGCUCAUACCUUGUUCAGCAUCAAAGAAUUCAUACUGGGGAAAAACCCUAUGAAUGUAACAAAUGUGGGAAAGCCUUUACUGUUUAUGGACAACUUAUUGGACAUCAGAGUGUUCACACUGGUGAGAAACCUUUUGAAUGUAAGGAAUGCGGGAAGGCCUUUAGACUUAAUUCAUUCCUUACUGAACAUCAGCGGGCACACACUGGUGAGAAACCCUUUAAAUGUAAAAAAUGUGGGAAGACCUUUAGAUACAGUUCAGCCCUUAAAGUGCAUCUGAGAAAACAUAUGAGUGUUAUACCCUAAGAGUCUGAGGAGUGUGGGAAGUGCUUCGUGUGUGGCUCAAACAUUGUUGAACAUCAGGGAAUUUAUGCUGGUAGGAAACUUUCAAAUGUGAAGAAUAUUGGCAGGUCUGUUCUCAUCUUUCUUAUAAGAUAAUUCAUAAUAUAAUUCAGAAAACAUAAGAAUCUUCAUUUGUCAUUUCUAGGUUUGUAAUACCAAUGUUUAUACUGGUGGACCAUUCAGAAAAAGUGGGAAACAUUAUUACUUAAUGGUUACAGCACUGACAGCAUGAAAUUUUAUAUGAUGUAUUUAUUCUAAUGUGAUCGUAUGAACAAAUGAAUAAAAAACCUUGUACCUCCUAAA